AUGGCUCCUUCAUCUUCUUCAUCUUCACUUGUAUUGAGUGCCACUCUUGCUGGUAUUACAUUCUUUGGAUUAAACUUUUUCAAGGAUACAUUAUUGUCAUCAGAGAAGGGAAAAGUUUUUACUGGAUUUAUGUGUAGUAUAAUUUACAUGUUGCUUCUUACAGCCUAUGGCAAUAUUAAAUCAAAUAUUAAAUGGUUCGAUAUGUUAUUAUGUUUAUUCCCAGCAGAGAUCAUUGCAUCAAGUUUCCAUGGUGUUUGUGUUACCACUUGUUUCCUAUUCUCGAUGGUUAUUUCCUUUGAAUUACACAAAGUAGCCCAACAUAUCUACGGAGGUGCAGAACAAGGCACUACUACACAAGCCAGUAGUACAUCAUCUACCCAAGCUAACGAUAAGAAGAGAAGAUAA